CAUUGCACGAGCUAAACAACUACAUCCUACUGCCGAUUCAGUUCGUCGUUACAUUCGAGUAGUAACACUACUUUCUCAUAAUUAUAAUAUAAGGUAUAAGGCAAGAAAUCAAUUUUAAAAUGAUGGCACGAAUUAUACUUAAACUGACAUUACUCAUGAUGUUAUAUAUAGCGGUUAACAACGCUAAAAUGAUGAGGAACAGUGCCCUGAUCUCCAAGAUGGUGUCUCACUUCCAGGGCAAAGACAAUCUAUCCAUAGAGCCGGCCACAGAAAACCCAAAACCCGGGAAUGUUGUUUCCAUCAUGCAAAACGUUCUUUGCAGAAACUUUCCUUCUAUCCCUUGCAGUGUCAUUGUUAGAGAUGAAAAACUAAAUAGUCUAAUAGAAAAAUCUAUACAGCAAUUAAAAUACAAAAAAAUGUCGAUGGGGAAGACAACUCCGUUACCAGGAUCCCAUUUAACGCUGUUCCCUGUGAUCAACAGCGAAGACUUGUCAAAUUUUUUACAAGUCAGCGAGACAGGGUACUAUAAAGAAAGAAAGGAGACAGAAUCAAAUAAGCGGAAACAAAAGAAAAGCGUCAGGAAUUGGUCGCGGGAGAAACCAAAGAAAAAAAAGAAGAAGGAAUCAAAAGUGAUGUCGGUUUACAACGGAAGAAAGAAGAUACGAAGAUUUUACCCGCACAAGAUAAAGUACAAAGAUAAAAAUGUAAGAAGAGAUUUCGAGUCUGAUGAGAAAUUGUCUAUGUCUGUCGAAGUACCUGAUAACACAGGGAGGAAGAUAAGCUACCAGACUCAACACGAUUCUCCUGUAUGGAGAAUAGAUUAUAUGAAACACGGAGAACCAAGUUUAAAUAUGUUUGGAUAUGAAAACGAGAGGCUACAAGGCAAGAUAAUGAAGACAGGCCCCAAUGUGAUAGUAGAUGAGAAUGUUCUAGAACAGGUCGCUAGGAAAGAUGUUUUGCAUCCAGACGUGUACAUCAAGAAGAAUUAUGUUAGGAAAAAAACCGUUGACGUUAAUUCUGAUGGUAUAGAUUGAAAUAUAGUUUAAUUAUGAA